CUGCAUAUAUUCACGGCGGCAGCUCACAGUAAACUACCCUCUUUUCCGUCCACCAAAGAUAAGAAGAGCUCCAAACCCUCUCUCUCUCUCUCUCUCUCUCUCUCUCAUCCGUAUACUACCACCGUUGCUCUUUCCCAGAAGGUGUAAAAUCAAUGGACGUGCUCUCACAAAACGCAUCGGGAUCAUCGUCAACCUUGAACCCAAACGCUCCGAUGUUCGUCCCGUCGUCUUACAAGGCCGUGGAGGACUUCUCCGACCAGUGGUGGGACCUCGUCCACUCCUCUCCCUGGUUCCGCGACUACUGGCUUCAGGAGCGAUUCCACGAUCCCCAGUUCGACCCCUUCUUCCCCGAAAAUGACGAUCCUGCCCCUCUCCUCCCCGAUCUCGACUCCCUCUUCGACCCCGUCCUCGUCGACCCCUUCCUCGUCAAACAGGAGGAGGAGGAGGAACAGGAGAGAGGUUAUAACAAGGAUUUGGUGUCGCUGGGAGCGGCGAAGUGGCGCAACGCGCGGGUUCUGGCGGAGAAACCGAGGUACGCCGAGAAGGCUCCGAAGAUCGUGAACGUGAAGGUGAGUCCGAGGCCGAUUCAGCAGCCGAGGUAGAGCAAGUCGAGGUUAACCGACUCAUUGAGUUCGAAUUCACGUUUCUCUCACUAGAGAAUGGAUUCCCUUCUUAAGGUGUUUUUUUUAAAUUUUUUAAAUUUUAAUUUUUUUUUAUUGUUGUUGAUUUUGUAAAGCUCUACGAAUUUGGUUCUGUGCAAAAGAACCCAGAUCUAGGUUGAUCUUCCGUCACGUUCGUGUCAUGCUGCACACGACUGCCUUGUAAAUUUUGCUUGUAAUUAGUCAAAAUAAACUUCGAUCCAAAUUCAA